GCAAGAGAGAGAGAGAUUUCCACCAUUUCCUUGACGAGAGACUGCAUGAAAUUCACAAAGGCUUAGACAGAUCCGUGAAGAGUGUCGCGGCAAUAUGGCAAAUUUCCACCGGCUGUCACGCGGCGUUGGAUCUCCGGAGACCUGCGGCGGCGGCGGUACUAUCAGACGGUUAGCUUUCGUUACCUCGGUGGCGGUUCUCUUCUUCUUCGGCAUCUCGUUUCUCUUUGCUUCUGAGUACGAUUCGACUGAUCUCCAUGGCUCCGGCGUCGAUUCAAAUGCAUAUGGAUUCGGAUCCACCAGGAGAUCCAUAUUGGAUGUGAAGUCGGAUCCACUCAAGCCACGGUUGAUCCAGAUCAGGAAACAAGCCGACGACCACCGAUCUUUGGCACUGGCUUACGCUUCUUAUGCACGCAAGCUUAAGCUCGAGAACUCUAAGCUUGUUAGAGUUUUCGCGGAUCUUUCGAGAAAUUACACGGAUCUGAUUAACAAGCCAUCUUAUCGUGCUCUAUAUGAGUCCGAUGGGGCCUCGAUUGAUGAGACGGUGCUUCGGCAGUUUGAGAAGGAAGUGAAGGAGCGGAUUAAAAUGACCCGGCAAGUGAUUGGUGAAGCGAAAGAGUCAUUUGAUAACCAGCUCAAGAUACAGAAGCUAAAAGACACGAUUUUUGCAGUUAACGAGCAGUUAACAAAGGCUAAGAAGCAAGGGGCCUUCUCCAGCUUGAUUGCCGCAAAAUCGAUACCGAAGAGCUUGCAUUGCCUUGCGAUGAGGCUGAUGGAAGAAAGGAUCGCUCACCCAGAGAAGUAUACGGAUGAAGGGAAGCCUAAACCCUCAGAAUUGGAGGAUCCUAAUCUUUACCAUUAUGCUAUAUUCUCGGACAAUGUGAUUGCGGCAUCUGUAGUGGUGAACUCUGCUGUGAAGAAUGCCAAGGAGCCAUGGAAGCACGUGUUCCAUGUCGUGACGGAUAAGAUGAAUCUCGGGGCGAUGCAGGUUAUGUUCAAAUUGAAGGACUAUAACGGGGCACACAUAGAGGUGAAAGCUGUCGAGGACUACAAAUUUCUCAACUCUUCGUACGUACCCGUGUUGAGGCAAUUGGAAUCUGCGAACCUUCAAAGGUUCUAUUUCGAGAAUAAGCUUGAGAACGCGACCAAGGAUACCACGAAUAUGAAGUUCAGGAACCCCAAGUAUUUGUCUAUACUGAAUCACUUGAGAUUUUAUUUACCCGAGAUGUACCCGAAACUGCACAGGAUACUCUUCUUGGACGACGAUGUGGUUGUGCAGAAGGACUUGACGGGGCUGUGGGAAAUCGAUAUGGACGGAAAGGUGAAUGGAGCUGUAGAGACGUGUUUUGGGUCGUUCCAUCGGUACGCUCAAUACAUGAAUUUCUCGCACCCAUUGAUUAAAGAGAAGUUUAACCCUAAAGCCUGUGCCUGGGCAUAUGGAAUGAACUUCUUCGAUUUGGAUGCUUGGAGGAGGGAGAAGUGCACAGAAGAGUAUCACUACUGGCAAAAUCUGAACGAGAACAGGACGUUGUGGAAGUUGGGGACGCUGCCGCCGGGGCUAAUAACGUAUUACUCGACGACGAAGCCGCUGGACAAGUCAUGGCAUGUGCUUGGGUUGGGUUACAACCCCAGCAUCAGCAUGGACGAGAUCCGGAACGCUGCUGUCGUUCACUUCAACGGCAACUUGAAGCCUUGGCUUGACAUCGCUAUGAACCAGUUCCGUCCCCUCUGGACCAAACACGUCGACUACGACCUCGAUUUCGUCCAGGCCUGCAACUUCGGUACCUGAAAUCUUUCUUUACUUAUUAUUAUUAUUGGUUUAUCAUUUGAGCUCCAGAGGCAUAUAUAUAUAUAUAUAUUGUGCGUAGAGGUAGUCAUAUUUUUAAUUUGGCUGGUAUUACCACGUCGGGAUGUAAGCCCUUGGGUCUCCACCGGAACACAAGUGUGUUUAGAUUUACUGGUCUUUUCUUUUCUUUUUUCGGUUACUUCCGUUUCAGUUAAAGCAGCAACUACUACCAAAAAAAGGACAUGAUUUUGGAUUA